AGGGAGUGGAGUAGCCCGUAGGGCCAAUCCGACGAUGGGUUUUCGAAUGUUGCUUCGUCUCUGCGAACUGCAUCGCCCAUAGAAUCAGCUGAGUCCGCGAACGAAAUGGAAGAAGCUAAGGCAAUGGCUGCUCAACACCAACAGCAGCUACUUUUGCAACAACACAAGCAGCAACAGCAACAACAGCACCACCAAACUCAGCAGCAGCAGCAGCAGCAGCAGCAGCAAUUUCUUCUCUUUCAACAACUUCAGAAACAGCAGCAGGCCGCCCAGGCUGCUGCUAUUUCUCGAUUUCCUUCCAAUAUCGACGCCCAUUUGCGCCCACCGGGCCUUCACCUCCGUCCUGGAUCCAUCAAUCUCCACCAAAACCCCAAACCUAACCCUAACCCUAAUCCAACCGCAUCUCUUCCUAAUUUGCAGUCCAACCCUAGCCCCAGUCAACCGUCAUCCCAACAAUUGCAGCAGCAGAGAGCUAUGCGACCCGGGAACCAGGCGGAACUCCAGAUGGCUUAUCAGGACGCUUGGCGUGUUUGCCAUCCUGACAUUAAGCGGCCCUUUGCUUCUCUUGAAGAUGCUUGUGAGAGGCUGCUGCCAUAUCACGUGGUGGCUGACUAUGAGGCUGAAGAAGAUGAUAGAAUUCUCGACUCGGAUCCCACGGGUCAAAUGUUGUCACGCUCACAGCAGUGGGACCAUAACAUCUCAGCCAAAAUUUCUGAAUUUAUUGCCACUUUUGAGAAGCAGGUAUUGGCCUUCAACAUCAUAACUCGCAAAAGAGCAUUGGGGGAGUUUCGCUCAGAAGAAAGAUUGAUGUUUGAGCAAGCCCUUAUGCAAGAAGAGAAACGGAACCUUCUGGAACUAAAAGCUGAGAUUGAAUUGAGAGGGAAGGCUGGCAAAGAGGCACACGAAGCAAAAACACGGAUGGCGUCGAUGAUGCAGACCGACCAAACAAGGGCUGAACCACAGGCUAACGAAAUGAUGGCACGAGUUCCCAUGAGAACAGGUGCACUUGUCAGAUCUCAAAGUGGCGAUGUUCAAGUUGGCCAUGGUGUCGGAGAGCAGGAGCAAGUUCAUCCAAGCGAAAUGAUGAAUGGAUGGGGAAAUAACACACAGGGAGAUGAGAAAGAGGCAUCAGAGGACCUAUUGAAUGAUGAGGAGGCCGAGAAUGGCGAUACGGGCAUGCACGAUAGCUGGCGCGAAGUUGGGGAAUUUGAUCUGAACACGAGAUGAAAUGUGAGUGGAACGGCUUGACCAAGCCUAAAUGUGGGUACGUUGGAACUUUGAGUAGGAAAUACAAAUACAUGUAUUGCUUAUACUUGUCUAUUGGUGAUAAAAUCUCUACAUCCAAACAAGAAUGUCCUUCGCUUCGAAGCAGUAAGAUGUAUUAAAAAGGAAGAAGAAAUUGACGAAUAGGUAUUACCUUCAUUCCA